CCUAAGAUGAGUAAAAGUACUGAGAAGGAAGACAAGAUGUUGAAGAAGGUUAAUACCUUACAGAAGAUCAUAACCAACGUCUACUUGCCAUGGAUGGAGGACAGGGCAGAGACCCGGCUCCAUCUGGAGAAAUUUGUGAAGCAGAUUAGCAACAACACUAAGCAACAAGCUUACGGCAAUGUUAAGAUAGAGGUUCCAGAUAUUCCAGAAAUCUCUAAUGAAGAGAUGAAAAAGAGACCUGACUUGUUGAAUACCAUACAAAAGACUGUGGACCAAUGGGCUCAAACAAUAUUCACCACCAUUGAGCAUGAGAAUGAGAAAAAGAGAGAGGGAAAUACCGCCCUUGAUGAAAUAGAAUUCUGGAGGUCGAAAUCAGCUACCUUCAGCACACUAUAUCAGCAGUUAUUGCUGCCAGAAGUUGACAGAAUCGUAAAUCUUAAUGAAGAACUUAAUUCUGAGGCUACAAGUGUCGAGAGUUAUAAGAAGCAGAAACAAAACUUCAUGAAGGCACAUGCCCAAGCCAAAGACUAUGUGAAGUUCAUGACCACCUUGGAGAGACAGCUUAAGAACAUAUCGAAAGGAGACCUCACCUUGAUUGAAGAAACUAUUACAAGUCUUCUGAAUGGACUGAAGCUGAUCUGGACCAUUUCUCGACACAUUAACAGCAACGACGAGAAAAUGAAUGAAUUGCUGAUGGACCUGACCAAUGAAAUCUGAGAGAAGGUCAAAGCCAAGAUCAACCUCAAGACCAUCUUUGACAUGAAGCCUGAGACUGCGAUUGAUCUGAUUACCACUGGACAGAGAGUUAUUGAAAAGUGGGAGGUGCAGUACAGUCAGACCAGACAAGAGAUCGAAGGUGAGAGUGGAGUCAGAAGAUGGGACUACAAUACCGCCCAACUCUUCGGGAGGCCAAGAUAUAUGAGAAACAUUCUGAAGGAAAUCAAAGAUGCUUGCAAUAUUAAGAAGGAAUUCAUCACUCUUCUUGGACCUGACUUAAAGGAGAUCACUGGGAGCGGAGAGCAAAUAGACAAAGUUAGUAAGAGGGUUGAAGAGUACAUCGAGAAACUUAAAGAGUUCCCGAAUGACGUGUUUGAAGAGAAAUACAAAGACAACUGGGAUGAAAGAUUCACUAACUUUAAGAACAACAUUGACAAUGUUGAUAAAGAUGCAAUUAAGUUGAUUGAUAGUACCUUCUCUGACGAGUUGAAGAGCUCUGAAGGUGCCUUCACUCUUCUUCUUAAAUUCAAGAACAUCAGAACCAGAGCAAGCAUUGAAGAGCAACUAAACAAGAAGAAUACAGAUGUUCUUGAGCAAUAUGAGAGGGAGCUUCAAGAUAUGGAUAGAUUAUUCGAAGAGAGAAAGGGCAAUCCUACUAUCCCAAAGAACACUCCUCCUGUUGCCGGUGCCAUUAUCUGGGCAAGAUCCAUCUUUGGUAGAAUUAAAGCUCCUAUUGAUCAAUUUAAGCAAAAUGAAGAUUUACUGAAAGACCAGAAAGGAACAGAGAUCACUAACAAAUACAUUGCUCUCUGUAAGAAACUUGAAAGAGAAUAUGAAAAUGUUAAAUUUGAGCAGUGGAAAAAUCAAAACACUGAGAAGGCAAUCAAGCUCCUCAAAAAUAUGAUCUUGGUUAAUAAAGUUGACAAAAAGCCUAACAAAAGACAGAGGAAACCUCUGAACGUUGACAAUGAGCAACAUGCUAGAAACUUGAGGAAGGAAGAUGUUGACAGAAAAUACUUUGUCAACUUUUCUCCUGAACUCAAAGUCAUCAUCAGAGAGGCACAGUAUCUUGAUAAAAUUGGAAAGGAUGUUCCUCAGACUAUUAUUAAUAUUGCUCUUCAAGAAAAUAACUAUAUUCACCAUGUUGAUAAGUUAGAGCAAUUGCUAAGAUCGUAUAAGGUAGCUAUCUCAGACCUGAAAGAUGUUGAGAAGGACCUUUUACAACAACAGAUUAAAGAGAUGAACAUCUAUAUGGACAAAGGUUGUGAAAACCACAACUGGUUCAGUCUAUCCAUUAGGGAAUACAUUAAAGACUGCAAAGAUGCAAUCGUAAGGUUCUGUGAAACCAAAGCAAGAGUCAAACAGCAUGCUCAGAAUAUUGAAAAGAACGUCCAGAAGAUCGCAAAAGCCAAGCUGAUUAGAGAAAUUCCAUGGAAAACUCUUGAGCCAAUGGGAGUCAUGAAGUUCAGUGAAUACUUUGAUUCUCACAGAAAGAAAGUACUUGAAGAGCUGGUCAUAAACUACAAGAACAUCGGAGAAAUUUAUCUUAAAAAUGUAGAGGAAACAACUGUAAAGACAAACACUCGAGGCUCCCCUAAACUUGAGAGAUAUUACAAAUAUUGGGAGACAAGAAUUUUCAAUGCCAUCUCUAUCAUGAUCUUGAGAGCAAUGGCUGCUGCUAAGACCAUCUUGUUUGGUCCAUUUGAUGAGAGACCUCUGAUCAAGAUUUCGGCUGAGUUCCACAAUCCCCAAAUUAUUUAUCAUCCUUCUAAAGAUGACCAUGCAAACCAAUUCGAGAAGUUCAUCAGAGACAUUUUAGAAUCUGCUAAAGCUUUCGGUAGAUGGUGGAAAGGAUAUUGCAUCAUCUUCAAAGAAACGCCACAUCCAGAGACUGCCGAGAUGUACAUUCCAUUCACAUUCUUUGAUGAAGUAAACGAGAGUCCGAUGAUCACAGACAUUAGUAUCAAGCUGGUCCAGACUAAGGAAAAUAUUUUGAACAAAAUGGACAAGCAGUCUGAGAAGUUCAAAGAAGAUAUGAAGAACAGCAAGCUUUUCCACAAAGACGAGAAGAACAAGAUCAAGAAGAAUCUGGACAAAAACCCUCACACUGCUUACAUUGACAACCAGAUUAUUAAGUAUAAGAGGACCAUUCACGAAAUCCGGAACAAUUACAAAGAAGUCUACUAUAGUUACUGCUUCAUCAUAAGCUUCAAAGAUGUCCAGGACAAGUUCAUUGAGAAAGGAGUCGAAUGGAUUAACAUGUUUGGGAGCAAGCUCAAGGAGAUCGCCACCAACAACAUUGCAGCCAUUGUUGAGGAGAUUGAAGAGUACCACAAACAACUCAAGAUCAGUCCAGGAGAUAAUGAGUCUUUGGCUACUUUGCUUGGAAAUAUCAACAAGAUUCAAGGUCUUUCUAUGGACAUGGAGCUAAGGAUCAAUGACAUUCAAGAACAAUUUAGAAUUCUCAAGAUGAAUGACUUCGAUGUUGAUGAAGACUUCCACAAAAGAGCUGACAAUCUCGGAAACGAGUGGGCCCAACUGAUCUACCAAGCCAAGAAGACUGACUUCGAGUCUUUACAAAUGAAAGAGUCAUUUGCUAAAAUCACCCAGGGAGAGGUUUCUAAGUUUAGUGAAAAGAUUAAGAAAGUGUAUGAAAAGUACCUCGAGCAAGGCCCAGGGACUGAGGAAAUCACCCUGGAGAAAGGACUUGAACUCCUCGAAGCUUCAAAAGAACAGGUCAACGAGUUCAACAGAGAAAGAGAACUGAAGGUCAGAGCUGAGAAGCUGUUUGAUCUUCCAAUCUCUAAGUACGAUUCAUUAAUUCAGAUGGAAGAGAUGAACAAGAAAUAUGACCUUAUUUAUUCAAUUUAUAAAGAUCACCAGAACCAAGUCAAGGAGUGGUCUUUGAAGCCAUGGAAUAAAUUGGACAUCCAAGAGCUGCUUAAAGGAGCUGGAGAGUUUGACAAGAAAGUCAAGAAACUACCAAGCAGAAACGCGGGAAUUGAUCAUCUCCCUCCAUAUAGAAAAUUGAAGGAAGCAGUGGAGGGCUUUAAGAAGUCAGUUCCUCUGAUCGAGAAACUGAAGGCUCCAUCAAUACAAGAAAGACAUUGGGAGAAAAUAAUGAGCAACACUGGAAAUGAUCUCGAAAAGAUCAAUCUGAAAACAAUCACUCUAGCAAAAGUCUUCGAGUUGAAUCUCCAAGACCACGAAAAAGUUGUGGAUGACGUCCUCAUUCAAGCCAAUGCUGAGGAGAAGAAUGAGAAGAACCUCAGAGCUAUCGAACAGACCUGGAAGACCAUGCAGUUCGAGGUUGUGAAAUACUUCAAAGGAAAUGAAGAAAGAGGAUGGGCCAUUAAGAGUCCAGACGAUAUCAGGCUAGCCUUAGAGGAUAAUAUCCUUAAUCUCCAGAAUAUUGCUGGCUCCAAAUUUGUCAGAGCAUUCCAGAAAAGAGUGAAGAAAUGGGAGAGAGACCUCAACCUUAUUAGUGAUGUUAUUGACAUCUGGCUGGUUGUCCAAAGAAAGUGGAUGUAUCUCGAAAGUAUUUUCAAUGGAAGCGAAGAUAUCAGACAGCAGCUCAAUGAGGAAGCAAAGAAGUUUGACAGGAUCAACACUAAUUACAGAAAGAAGAUUAUGGAGAAUGUUGCUAAGAAGAGUAAUGUCUAUGCCUGCUGUGUCGCAGCUGAAGGAGGAAACAGACUGACUGAGCUCAGAAACAUUUCUACCGAGCUUGAUAAGUGUCAGAAGAGUCUUACCAAUUACUUAGAGUCAAAGAGGAAUACCUUUGCUAGAUUCUAUUUCAUUUCUUCAGAUGAUUUGCUGUUCAUUCUUGGGUCUAGCGAUCCCAAGACCAUCCAGCCUCAUCUCCUCAAGCUAUUCGAUAACUGUAAAGAACUCAAGUUUGCUAGAGGAGACAAAGUCAUCGAAGGAAUGACUUCGGACGAAGGAGAAACCUUCGACUUUGAAGUAGAUCAGAAGCCAGAAGGAGCUGUUGAGGACUGGAUGACUCGAGUCGAAGAUGAGAUGAAGAACACUCUUCAUGUCAUUGCCAAGAAAGGAGUCAUGUUCUACGCCAAAGACAAGAGGACGGAGUGGAUCAAAAAGCAACUCGGAAUGAUCUCUGUGGUAGGCUCACAAGUGUGGUGGACCUUCUCUGUUGAGGAUGUCUUCAAGAGAGUCGCUGAAGGUGACAAGCAUGCCAUGAAAAAUGAGUUGAACAAAGAGAGCCAGGAUUUGAUGGACCUGAUUGAAAUGGUGAGAACCGACAUUGACUCCAAUACCAGAAAGAAGAUCAACGCCUUGAUUAUAUUGGAUGUCCACGCAAGAGAUAUUGUUGACAGAUUCGUUAGAGAUUCAAUUCUUAGCGAGAAAGAAUUUGAUUGGGAAAGUCAGCUGAGAUUCCUAUGGGAUAGGAAGAGAGAUGAUAUUGUCAUCCGGCAAUGUACUGGGGUGUUUGACUACUGCUAUGAAUACCUUGGGCUUUCUUCAAGGCUCGUAAUCACACCUCUGACCGAUAGAUGCGUUAUGACAUUGACAACAGCUCUUACUUUCCAUCUCGGAGGAGCCCCAGCUGGUCCAGCAGGAACAGGGAAGACAGAGACUGUGAAAGAUUUAGCCAAAGCAUUGGCUAUCAGAUGCGUUGUCACCAACUGCGGUGAGACUUUGGAUGCUGUUGCUAUGGGAUCAAUUUUCUCAGGGUUAAUCCAGACCGGCUUCUGGGGAUGCUUUGAUGAAUUCAAUAGAAUCAAUCCGGAAGUGCUUUCAGUCAUCUCCUCUCAGUUACAGCAGAUCCAACAUGGGUUAUCCAAAGGAAGCAAAACCAGAAUUGAGUUUCAAGGAAAUGUAAUCAGACUUGUUCCAACUGUGGGAAUAUUCGUCACAAUGAAUCCUGGAUAUGCAGGACGCUCUGAACUUCCAGAUAAUCUCAAGGCUUUAUUCAGGCCAGUUACAAUGAUUGUUCCAGAUCUCAUUCUUAUUUGAGAAAACAUGCUUAUGUCUGAAGGGUUUGCAAUGGCCAAGAUCCUCGCCAAGAAAAUGACUGUAUUGUAUAAACUCUCAAAAGAGCAGCUUUCUCAACAGUAUCACUAUGAUUUUGGAUUGAGGGCACUAAAGUCAGUCUUGGUGAUGGCUGGAUCACUCAAGAGAGAGUACUCAGAACUUGGAGAAGAUCUUGUGCUCAUGAGAGCACUCAGAGACAUGAAUGCUCCAAAGUUUGUGUUUGAAGAUGUUCCAUUGUUCCAAGGAUUGAUCAACGACCUUUAUCCGGGAAUUCAGCUUGAGAGAGUUGGGUAUGAAAGCAUGAAACAGAAGAUCGUUGAAAUUUUAGAUAGAGGAUUGUACAAGCACGAUGAUGAGAAGAAAUUCAACGACCAGGUCAACAAGGUCGUCCAGCUAUAUGAAGUGAUGCUGACGAGACACACAACCAUGGUUGUUGGCCCUACCGGUGCUGGAAAAUCAGUAAUCAUCGAGACUCUGGCUGAAGGCCUUCAUGCUGAAACUGACAUACCAACUAAAGUGAAAACAAUCAACGCCAAAUCAAUUACUAUUCCUGAGUUGUACGGAAUCCUUGAUCAAGAGUCAAGAGACUGGACUGAUGGGCUUCUGUCCAAGAUCUUCAGAGACAUGAACGAAGACUUAGACCCCAAGAAGCAAGAAAGGAGGUGGAUAGUUUAUGACGGAGAUGUAGAUGCUGUUUGGGUAGAAAAUAUGAACUCGGUCAUGGAUGACAGUAAGCUUCUUACUCUCGCUAAUGGAGAGCGUAUCAGGCUACAGAAGAACUGUUCAAUGCUUUUCGAAGUCUUCGACCUGCAAUAUGCUUCUCCAGCUACAAUUUCAAGAUGAGGAAUGGUCUAUGUAGAUCCAAAGAACUUAGGAUAUUACCCAUUCUACGAGAGAUGGUGCAAGCAGAAACUCAAGAAGUACUCUGAGAUUAUGUAUGACAGUCUCAAAGAGCUUUAUGAAAAGUAUGUUGAUGCCUGAGUUAGCAGAAUUUAUGAUGGAAUCAUUAUUGGCGAGCCAGAUGCUGAUCCUCUCGCUCCACUCCAGAUGUCUCUUGAAAGAGCAAACCUGAGUUGUGUCAAACAGCUCUGUACUUUGAUGGAUGCCUUGCUCCCUGAUGAGAAUCCACCUCAGGAAACAGAUCAACUAGAGAAAGUCUUUAUUUUCUGCUGUAUCUGGUCAUUCGGAGCAAAUCUCGUGGGAGAGGACAGAGACAAGUUCGACCAGUUCCUGAGAUCGUGCAGUUCAAUCCUUCCUCCAUCUUCUCCUUAUUAUGAUAGCAUAAUAGACAUUUCAAACCAAAGUUGGAUCCCUUGGAAGAGAAAGGUAGAGGAAUAUACUCCUCCUGAAGAUGGCAAGUUUGCAAAGAUCCUUGUUCCAACUGAAGACACUGUGAAGUAUUCGUGGCUCCUGGAAAAAGUAAUGGGCAUCAAGUCUCCUUGUCUCUUUGUUGGUGAGUCAGGAACCGCCAAAUCGGUGACAAUCUUCAGUAAACUGAAGACGCUAGAUCCUUCAUCAAAUAUUGUUUUGAACAUCAAUUUCUCAUCAAGAACCAACUCCUUGAUCUGUCAGAACUCCAUUGAUGAAAAUGUUGAGAAGAGAGGGUUUUUCAGGCAAUAUGGUCCCACCGGAGGAAGGAAACUCAUUGUUUUUGUUGAUGAUCUUCACAUGCCAGUCGUUGAUAUUUACGGAACUCAGCAGCCAAUCGCCUUUCUCAAGUUCCUGAUUGAGAGAAAUAAUGUGUACGAGAGAGGAGAAGAGCUCGAGCUUAGGGAAAUUGUUGAUACUCAGUAUAUUGGAGCAAUGGCCCCACCAGGAGGCGGAAAUGCUAAUGUAGACCCAAGGUUCUUAUCGCUGUUCACUAUUUUCACUCUUUUGCCUCCCACAGAGGAUACAAUCAAGAAGAUUUACACAGAAAUUUUAGAGAAGCAUUUGGUUUCCAUCAACAUCGAAGAAGAAAUCAUUAAAGGUGUUCCAUUGAAAAUCGCAGAUGCCACAAUGAGACUAUAUCAGACUAUUAGUGAGCAAUUGCCAAGAACUCCAAUUAAAUUCCAUUACAUAUUCAAUUUGAGAGACUUAAGUAGAGUCUACGAAGGAUUAUGCAGAUCCACACAAGACAAGUUCGCAACUGUUGAAUCCAUUGUGAGGCUGUGGAGAAAUGAGGCUCUAAGAGUAUUCUCAGACAGACUCGUUACUGAUGAGGAUAAGAAACUUGUCGGAGAAGAACUUAUUCCUAAAUAUGUCAAGGAGCUGUUCCCAGGGACUGAGGAGCAAGUCUUAGCUGAUCCAAUUUUGUUCGGUGACUAUGCUCUUGCUGAUCCUAUUGAUGGAGAAGAUGGCCAGCCAAUGUUGUAUGAAGACCUUGGAGAUUACCAGAAAGUAAGGGGAAAAAUGGAUAAAAUGCUUGAAGACUAUGCCUAUGAGAACAAAGCAAUGAACUUGGUCUUGUUCGAUGAUGCCUUGAAGCAUCUCACUAACAUUCACAGAAUUAUCAGGUUCCCAAGAGGGUCAGCAUUAUUAGUAGGAGUUGGUGGCUCUGGAAAGCAAAGCUUGACAAGGCUUGCUACUUUCACAGCAAGCUACAAACUGAGGACAAUCAAUCUUGCCAGAAACUACAAAGAAGACGACUUUAGAGAGGACUUGAGGGAAAUAUAUCAAGAAGUGGUCAAGAAACCGCUCUGUUUCAUGUUUACAGAUGCACAUGUUGUUGAAGAAGGAUUCCUCGAGCUUAUUAACAACAUGCUCACCAUCGGUAUUGUUCCAGGUCUUUUCCCGGAGGAAGAGAAGGACGGGCUCAUCAAUGAAAUUGAAGAAGAUGCUAGAAAGCAAGGAGUCCCAGAAAACAAGGAAGCUAAAUGGGACUAUUUCGUCAACAGAUGCAGAGACAACCUACAUGUUGUGUUGGCAAUGUCCCCUGCUGGUGACACUCUCAGAGUCAGGUGUAGAAACUUCCCAGGACUUGUUAGUAACACCUCAAUUGAUUGGUUCUUCCCUUGGCCGAAGGAAGCCUUAGAAGCUGUUGCUGCUCACUUUUUGCAAGAUGAAGAUUUAGACGACAAGCUCAGACAACCCAUUACCGACCAUAUUGUGGCUGUGCAUUUAUCUGUACAAGAAUACUCUGCUAAAUACGAAGAAGAGUUCAGAAGGAGGAAUUACUCAACUCCAAAGAAUUAUCUAGAUUUCAUAAACUCUUACACAAAAAUGCUUGUAAAUGAGAAGAAAGUUUGUGAUGGAAAGGUCCAUCGACUCGAAGGAGGAUGCUCGACUCUUGAAAAAGCAGGAAAAGAAACAGCAGAACUAUCCGAAGUCUUAGAAGAGAAGAAUAAGAAAAUUAAAGAGAAGGCAGAAGUUGUUGAAGAUUUAAUUAGAGAUAUCAAUGAAAAAUCCAAAGUUGCUGGAGAACAACAAGUGAUCGCUCAGGAGAAGAAGGAAUACCUCGAUAAAGAAAGUGUGAUUAUUUCUAAAGAAGAGAAAGAUGCUGCAGAAGCAUUGAAAGAAGCUAUCCCAGCAUUUGAAGAAGCAAAGGAAGGUCUUAAGAAUGUAGAAAAGAAGGAUUUAAUUGAAAUGAGAGGAGUCAAUACUCCAGUAGCUAUUGUAGAAAUGGUUUGCUGAUUAACCUUCUAUCUCUAUCCUGCCGCUAAAAAGAUUUUAUCGAAUGAUGAUUGGGAUACCAUCAGAAAAGUACUUUUGGGAGAUGUCAAACUUCUUCAAAACUUACAAGGUUAUGAAAUUGAAACAUUAAAAGAUAAUCAAGUAAAGAAGAGUAAGAUCAAACUUGCUGAACUUGAAAAGAAAACUGGAUGCUCUGGAGACCCAGAUAAACUUGGAAAUAUUGUAAAAACUGCAAGUAAAGCUUGCUAUGGUUUGUACAUUUGGUCUAAAGCAAAUCUUAAGUGUUAUGAAAUCUACAAAAAUGUCGAGCCAAAAAGGAAAAAGGCUGCAGAGAUGAAGAAGAAACUCAUACAAGCUGAGAAGGAAUUAGCUGAGACUGAAGCAAAUCUUAACGAAUUGAAUGCUACACUUGCUGAAUUAAAUGCAGAAAGAGAAGUGAAAGAAACAGAGUUGAAUGGCUUGCAAGAAGAAUCCGCAAGAAUGCAGAAAAGAUUAGAUGCUGCUACAAAACUUAUUUCAGGUCUUUCAAGUGAACAGAAGAGAUGGACUAAUGAUAUGAAGGUUUACGAGGUUGACAAAUUAAAACUUGUUGGAGACUGUCUUAUUGGAUGAGCCUUUUUGAGUUAUUGAGGAGCAUUUAACUAUGAAUUCAGAAACCAAAUGGUUUACCAAGAUUGGCUUGGAGGAGUGAGUGAGAGAGAAAUUCCACAUAAAGAUGAUUUUAGACUAGAGAGACUUCUCACAGACGAUGUUGAAAUUUCUAAAUGGGCGAGUGAAACUCUUCCUGGAGAUGAACUUUCUAUACAGAACGGAAUCCUUGUAUCAAACAUGAGCAGGUUCCCAUUAUGUAUUGAUCCACAAAUGCAGGCUGUUGUAUGGAUUAAAACAAAGGAAACCAAGACUAAUAAUCUUAAAGUUCUUUCAUUCAAUCAGGGUGAUUUUAUGAAGCAGCUUGAAAUGGCUGUUGAGUAUGGGUCCAGUGUUCUUUUUGAAGGAAUUGAUGAAGAAAUUGAUCCAAUGAUCGAUCCUGUACUUGAGAAAAACAUUACAAAGAAAGCUGGUGUUUUUUAUGUAAAGAUUGGAGAUUCUGAUGUUGAGUGGAACCCUGACUUCAAGCUAUUUUUGACUACAAAGUUAGCAAAUCCAAUGUAUUCUCCAGAAGUUUUUGGUAAAGCUUUAAUCCUCAACUUCAAUGUAACUUUGGCCGGUCUCAGAGAUCAAUUACUCAAUGAAGUUGUUGGAUUUGAGCGCCCAGAAUUGGAAGAGCAGAGAAAGAAGCUCGUUAUAGAAACUAGUGAGAACAGAACCACUUUGAAAGGACUUGAAGAUACUCUACUCUCUGAACUAUCUGCAUCUCAAGGUCCUCUUGUAGAUAAUGAGCCAUUGAUUCAAACACUUGAUCAUGCUAAAUCUAAAGUAGAUGAAAUCAACAUUGCACUCGAAGUUGCAAAAGAAACUAACGAAGGCCUUGAAAAAUCAAGAGACAGUUACAGAAGAGUUGCAAUGAGAGGAGCUAUUUUGUUCUUUGCAAUGUCUGGACUUUCAAAUAUCUCUGAAAUGUACGAGUAUUCUCUAUCAUCCUAUCUUGAAGUCUUCAAGAAAUCAUUAGAAACUGCAAAAAGAGAUCAAAUCCUUCAGAAUAGGCUCAGAAAUAUUACAUUGACUCUGACAACUCGAGUGUAUGACUUUACCUGUAUGGGUAUUUUCGAAAGGCACAAGCUAAUGUUUUCUUUCCAAAUGACUUGCAUGAUUCUUGAUGAAGCUGGCGAUCUUGAUCAUCAAGAACAGGAGUUUUUCUUAAAAGGAAAUACCUCUUUAGAAGAAAUAGCAAGGAAAAAGCCAUAUCCAUGGAUUUCAUUGAAUGGAUGGAAGGAUCUCCAGAAACUGCAAACUUUGGGAGAUAAAUGGGCUAAUAUUGUUGAUGAUGUUGAAAACAACGGGGAUGAGUGGUUUGCAUGGUACAACAAAGAAUGCCCAGAAGAUCAUGAUUUGCCAAACAAUUACUCCAAGGGUCUCACUAAGUUCCAAUUGUUGAUGGUCCUUAGAGUUUUUAGAACUGACAGAGUGUACAAAGUAGUAAAAGACUUUAUCAUUGAUUACAUGGGAAGUGAUCAUUUUGUCAAGCCUCCAACCUUGCAAUUCAAUAAUGUUUAUGCUCAAUCAACGGAAAAUACUCCUAUUGUAUUCAUUCUUUCUCCUGGUGCUGAUCCACUGGCCGAUAUGUAUAAGCUUGCUGAAGAGAAAGGAAUGAGUCAAAACAAGUUUAAGCCUCUUUCCCUUGGACAAGGAAUGGGAGACAUUGCUCAGAAUAUGAUUGAAGGAAGUGUCUACAAAGGAUCUUGGGUAUUACUACAAAAUUGUCAUUUGCUGACAAGUUGGCUUAAAAAGUUAGAAGUCAUCAUCGAGAACAUUAAAAACCCUGACAAAAACUUUAGACUGUGGCUUACCACUGCUCCUACUGAAGAAAUGCCUCUUGGUAUUCUACAAAGAUCUCUCAAGGUAACCACAGAGCCUCCAGAUGGUCUUGGACUCAAUAUGAAGGGAUCUUAUUCCAAGAUUAAUGACGAAGACCUCGACAGCUGUGCCCAUCCUGAUUUCAAGUCACUUGUUUAUGUGCUAGCCUUCUUCCAUGCAGUUGUUCAAGAAAGAAGAAAAUUCGGUAAAAUUGGGUGGAAUGUCAACUACGAUUUCAAUGAAAGUGACUUCAGAAUUUCAUUUAAGCUUAUUGGAAUGUAUCUCACUAAAGCUCUAAAUAACGAAGGAGAAGGAAUUCCAUGGGACACUCUCAGAUAUUUGAUUGGAGAGGCAAUGUAUGGUGGAAGAGUCACAGACGGAUUUGACAGAAGAACACUUGUAUGUAUCCUCGAAGAAUAUCUUGGAGACUUCAUAUUUGAUAAACAUCAAAAAUUCUACUUCUCAAGAGCUGGAUAUGAUUACAAAGUUCCUAAUCCAACUCAUCUGGAUGCUUAUGUCGAAAAUAUCAACGAUUUCCCAUUAAAUAAUUCUCCAGAAGUGUUUGGACUUCAUUCAAAUGCUCAGAUUUCUUAUUCUAACAAUGCUACUAAGGUUCUUUGGAGUAAUCUGAUCUCAAUGCAGAUUUCUAGUUCAUCUAGCUCAGGAGGAAUAAACAGAGAAGAGCAUAUUGAAAAUAUUACGGAUAGUGUCCUUGCCCAGCUCCCUGAAAUGCUUGAUCUUUACAAGGUCAUUAAGAGAUUCGAAAAUCCAGUUCCAGCUCAGAUUGUGCUUCUGCAAGAGCUAGAAAGAUUCAAUAAGCUGCUCCAGAAAAUGCUUGAAUCUCUGACAAACUUGAAGAGAGCCCUGAACGGAGAAAUUGGUAUGAGUCAGGAAUUAGAUGACAUUGCCACAGCACUUUUCAAUGGAUUCUUGCCCCAGAUAUGGAGAAAUCUUGCACCUCAAACUGAGAAGAACCUUGUCAACUGGAUUUCUCACUUGAAGAAGAGAGAUGCUCAGUAUAAAGAAUGGGAGAGAGAAAAGGUUGAGCCUAACGCAAUGUGGUUGUCUGGAUUGCAUAUUCCUGAGAGUUAUCUAACAGCUCUUGUCCAGACCACAUGUAGAAAGAAAGGAAUUGCUCUUGAUAAAGCUACCUUAUACACAGAUGUCACCACAAUGCUUACUCCUGAAGAAGUCAAAGAAAAGCCAGAGGAUGGUUGUUACAUCUAUGGGCUCUACCUUGAAGGAGCUAGAUGGAAUAUGCAGAAGAAUUGCCUUGAUUUACAGAAACCUAAAGAACUUGUUGUUGAAAUGCCUCUAGUGCAGGUAAUUCCAGUGGAAGCAAACAAGCUGAAGCUUAGAGGAACUAUUAAGACUCCUGUAUACAUCACUCAGGCUCGUAGAAAUGCAAUGGGAGUUGGGCUUGUGUUUGAAGCUGAUAUUAGUACUGACAUGCAUCUAAGUCACUGGAUUCUCCAAGGAGUUGCAAUGGUUCUUAACACUGAUUAA